AUGCGUCUUUCAAGAACAGCAGGCCUGAUGGCCUUCUGCGCCACGGCGCAAGCCUUCACCGACUCCUCUCCCUUCGUAAUGCUCUCGACCGCAGACUUCGCGAAGUCCGCCUCCAACGCCGCCCAGCUCCAGACCGAGUCCCAGGUCCUUAAGUCCGUUCAAGACCUCCUCUCCUCCUGCCCGACCGACCGCUACCUCGUCGUCUCCCAGCCAAACGCCAACGCGGCCGACAUUCGCGGCCCUGACGGCGGCGACUGCCGCUCCCCCAACCUCUGCCGCGCAAUCUCUUCCAAGGAUAUCCGCGGCGUUUACAGCGUCGCAGAGGUCGUAGGCGAGGUUAAGGUCGACAGCGUCGCCGAGUACCUCCACAAGGCGUGCGGCAGCAAGAAGAUCGAGAUCGACCAGACGAGGCUCGCGCCCCUUGGCCGCGACGCCAGCGAGAGAGCCUCCACGCUCGCCGACAACGACCACGUCCUCGGCCAGAGCCUCGAGAAGUUGCGCAAGACCUCCGACUCGUACACGGUCAUCUACCUCGCCAGCCCAUCUGAGCCAACUUACCAGGCCGAGUUCCCCGAGGAGCCCCUUCACGCCGAGCUGAAGCGUCACGAGGCCAGCCUGUUGCAGGUCCGCAAGGACAAGAACGAGACCAAGUGGGAGAAGCUGCCCCUGUUUGAGAAAUACGUCUUCUUCUCUCCUGGCAUCUUCCACGCCUUGGUGGCAGCCAUCGUCCUCUUCUCCAUUCUCGGUGUUGGCAUCAACGCCCUCGCCAGUCUCGACAUCCCCUACGGAUCUUUCGAGAAGGAGAUGGGUCCCGCCGCCCAGAAGAAGAACAUCUAG